CACCAGUGAAUGCUCUCAGUAGAAAUAACCCAGCAUACUUUUUCCAAGGGUCUAACAUUCGUGGAAUCAAUUCACUGAGCAGAGAAUAAAAAAUAAGAAGAAACAACAAGGCUUUGUCAGUGAUGAAAUCAAUUUAAGACUGGAUUGGGAAGCUGUGCGAGGCAGAAGUCCAAAUGUGGUGGCUGGAUCCUGAGCAUCCUCAAAAAUAAUCCACCUCUGGGCAGGAGUGGAAAACAUGGAGUCUGUCCUGGCAGAGUCUCAGUAUUCUUCCCUGUGAUCUGCCGAUGGAGUUACUCCCCCCUCUCUGCUGUUCCACUACCAUCUCUCACAAGUUUCCCUGGAGUAAGAAAUCAAGAUGCUCCUUAAGGAAAGGAUCCCUGCCCAGGACACAUGAUGGAGCACCGUGGACAAGGGCUCCACGCUGAAGGACAGGACAUGUGGUAGGAGGCAGCACAUCCCACUGAAGAGCGAGAGCUGGUCGUGCUGCACAGCCCGGGGUGCUGUGGGAGGGACAGGACAUGUGCCACCUCAGCUGCCUCCUCUCGGGACUCCUCCUCAUCCUCAGCACCACCAGCACCGAUGGCUUUGCCCGGGGAGGCCGCAGGGUCUGUGCUGCGGCGCCGCAGAGCCAGGCGGGCGCCUACACCGAGUCCCACGUCCAGCCCGUCUACCAGCCCUACCUCACCACCUGCCAGGGCCACCGUGUCUGCAGCACCUACAGGACCAUCUACAGAGUUGCCUAUCGGCAGAGGUACAGGCAGCUGCCCGAGCCCGUGGCCUCGUGCUGUCCCGGCUGGAGCAGAGCGAACACUCACACGCUCAGCUGUAACAGAGCUCUCUGCUGGGUGCCGUGCCAGAACGGUGGGAGCUGCACCUUUCCUGGCAGAUGUGCCUGCCCACCCGGCUGGACGGGGCGAGCCUGCCAGACAGAUGUGGAUGAAUGUGCCAGCCAGAGCCAUGGCUGCAGCCAGCUCUGCGUCAACACAGCUGGGAGCUACCGCUGCACGUGCCAGGAUGGCUUUGCCCUCGCUGCUGAUGACAAGGACUGCCGGCCCCUGGUGCCAGUGCCCGAGAUGGACACCUUCAGCCAAGCAGGUCCCUCCAAUGAAGUGAAGGAAGAAAUGAACGACCUGAGGAGCCGAGUGGAAGCGCUGGAGCAGAAACUCCAGCUGGUGCUGGCCCCUUUCCACAACCUCAUGCCAUCAGCGCCGGAGGAUGUCGGCACAGACCCCAUCAGCCGACUGUCCCACUCCCUCCAGCAACUGGACAGAAUUGACUCCCUGAGCGAGCAGAUCUCUUUCCUCGAGGAGCGGCUGGAAACGUGUUCCUGCAAGAACGAACUCUAGCUGAACACCCGAGGCCUUGGAACAAGCCGAGUGCAUCCGCAGCUCUUAUCUCACUCUCCAGCCCCAGGCUGGGGACAAAGCCACAUCAUCUACAGGAAGGCACAGGGUACCAGGAGAAGGCUGGUUUCCCAUCAGCAUCUCCAUAAUUUUCUCUUCCAGCUCACCUUAUCAAAGGUCACGCAGUUACUUCCAAACUGGAUUCCGAGCCCUCCACAUCUCCCCCCUUUCCUGCUGGAGAGGCAGCAAAUAAAUGCCUUACCUCGUGCCACGAGUGCCUGGCUGUGCCAGACUGCCU